AUGUCAUUAUUAGUUGUACUACUUCAACAACAACAAACUAAUCAAACUCAUAUUGAUACUAGUAGUAGUAAAACAGCAAAAGCUAAAGCUAAAGCAUCAUCAUCAUUAUCUUCAUCAUCAUCUGAUCAGAAUACAAAGAAUGGAGAUCAUCUGAAUCAUUCAGAUGACGACGACGACGACGACGACGAUGAUAAUAAUAGUUUAAUAUUUGAUACAGAUGAUAAUACAGAUGUUGAUUAUAACAAUCAACCAAGUAGUAGUAAUAGUACUGCAACACCAUCACUUCAAUCAUCAUCUUUAAAUGCUUUUUAUCAACAACAUCAACAACAGUCUAAUAAUAAUAAUAAUAAUAAUAAUAACAGUAUCAACUUUAACACAUUUAACAAUGAUAUAACAAGAUCAUUAAAGAAAUUAAAUCAUUUGUCAUUGGAAAAGGAUAGUAAUACACCUUUGGAAUGUGUAUGUUCGUUUGAUACAACUGGAAGAAUGUACAAGUUUUUCGAAGAGUUUAGAUCAAAGUCAUCGACAACACUCGAAUCAUUGUUUCAAACGAUUCCCCAACUCAAAAUUGCAUUUAUCGUACAUGGUGACUACUGUGACGAUGUCAAUCAGAAACAACAACAGUCAAGCAGCACCAACAACAUACUAAAUAGAGCCAUUGCAAUGCUUUCAUUCACCAACGACAGAAUGGAAAUCAUGAAAUGGUUGGAACGAGUGCGUGGCACCAAUGGAGGGGACGCACCUGAAAACUACGAGUUGGUACUACGAAAAUCAAGAGAAUUGCCUUGGUCUGAAAACUCCAAGAAAGCAGUCUUUAUCUUUGGUGAUGAUGUCCCUCAUCCACCAAGUUACACGAAUCAACAUUUCUAUUGGAGAAAUGAAUUAUAUUUUUUAUCAAAGAUCGGGGUUAAAGUUUAUGGUAUACAAUGUCAAAAUAAUAAGCAUGCACAAUUGUUUUAUGAAGAGUUGGCGGGGUUGUCGGGUGGUCGAUACGUACACUUGAAAGAGGCAAAACACAUUGCCCAAUUUUUUGAGACCAAUACAAGUUUAAAUUUUGUUAUUCCUCCUCCUCAAUUAUCACCAACCCAACAGACACAUACAAAUGGGUUAUCAUCAAUGAUCAAUGGAAUUAAACAACGAUCAUCACCAUCAGCCACCACCGCUACUUCCUCCUCAAAAUUAACAUCAACUAGUACAAAUAUUAAUUAUUAUGCAUCACCUAUCAAUUCAUCAUCUAUUUAUACAUCACCCAUCGCAGUCAAUUAUAAUCAAGCUAUAGUCACACCGCACCAUAAUUACUAUGUCUCACCUUCGCCCGUCUCACCAUCCUCCUCUUCAUCCAACGUUUCAUCUCUUUUUUCCCCAACCACCACAACCUUUUCCCCAUUUAGUCUGGCGACUCAUCUCCCAACUGCCUCUAGGUUAAACUUUGCAAACAAACAGGCAACCAUUGGCGUCUCCCCCUCUCUCUACAACAAAAAGAGAAAAUCAGUGACCAAAGAAGAUGAAGAUCAAAAUAUUACCAACCUUAAACAUUUUGCUCAUUAUCAUCCUUAUUCUCGACAACCUAUAAACUCAAUCAACUCUUCAUCCUCUUUACCUUCUCCGACCGCUGCUUCACCAACAACAAAAAAGAAAUCAUCAAAGGCUACAACAACAACAACCUGUCCUUCUGAAAAGAAUUUAUUUCCAAUAUUAAUUCAACAACAACAAGAACAUGAAAAGAAACAACAAGAAACCAUAACGACAGAGAUUGCAAGUACAAGUAGUAGUGGUAAACUAGAAAAUCAAUUUCUUGUAGAUAUUAUCGAUUCAAAUAGUGUACAGGUUCAAAGUUUUAAAAAUAACAAUGAUAUGGAUAUGGAUAUUGAUCAUCAUUUGACAUAUCAUCAUCAUCAUCAUCAUGGUAUCACUCUACCUCAACAAUGA